AGAGCCGUAAUAAACUCUGGUAAUAAAUAAAAUAAAAAAACCCUAUUGACGACUUUUAAUGAAUUUUGUUUGGAAUUUUAUCGAAGUUUCAAUGUGUGGUUCCAACUUUAGAGUUGCUUAGUUCAGUUAGUAAAAACUAUUGUGUUGAUUUAUUCUAAUGUCUCAUCUAUAUAGUGGUCUGCAUAGAGAAAAUAAAAUAUCACGUAAAAGUAGUUUGUGUAAUGUCAGGUCUAGCCUAUCUUGGUGAAUACGGUUCUGAUUCUGAAGACAGUAAACAAGUUUCCAGUGCCAGAUUUGAGUCAUAUUCCAGUUGUUCCUUCGGACACCCAUGAAGAUAACCCUAAACUCCAUGGAGGGCGCAAACGCUCAUUUCCUCAUGUAAGAGGAAAUUGGCCCUCAUAUGUAUCCUCAGAACGACAUCUUGAUAAAUUUAAUCAACAAGUUGAAAUCUAUAGCCUCAUCUCAAGGUUCAUUUUGGGUAAUAUGUGAAGAUCUUCACAUAAGUUUAUCAAAAACAGUUAUUUUACUUUAUCAUUGGAUAUCAUCCUUCAACACUUCUAUACAAAAAAGUUUAAGCACCAUAGAAAGAAACCGUCGUUUCAUAUGAGUGUGUUAUGGGUGAAUGGUAAUAAAAAGAAAGAAAUUGUUAAAUUCAUUGAUAAGUUUAACGAUCUUUUAGUCUCUGAACUGAAUAAAGACUUGAAAACUGUUUUAGUAGACAAAAUAAGUUGUAAAAUUGGUAACAAAUAUUUUCAAUAUAAUUUGCUAUAACAUGGAUGUGUACGCUGAAAUUUCAGACAUAAAAAACAAAACACAAAUAUGUAAUGCCAAUAGAGUCUACAUAAAUCCCAAUUUUAAUCAUAACAGUUAUCCUACAACAAACAACCAGGUUUUGCAAGGAAAGAAUAUUUCAAUGCACGUUAACCCAAAAUUUUCAACUGCUAUAACUCAACAGAAUAAAAAUAUUAGUAAUGCAAGGAUCUUCAUCAAUCCCAAUUUUGUAAAAUCUCUCCAGGGACAAGCUUCUAAAGAAACUUUUAAAGUACUUCAACAUAAUUUACCUGACAAAGUGGACAAUAAUCCGCUUCUACCCAACAUGGAUAUAACUACAAACGAACGGAAUUUGCCAAUAUUCAAUGUAAAUAAAUCUCGUUACAGUUUAGUUAGGCAAGGAACAAUAAAAGUGAAAGAAAAUAUUGCUCAAAAUCCAUCUAAAACGAUAAAAAUCAGCAAAUACAAAUCAGUACCCUUAAGCGAUAUCAAAAAUAGUAUGACGAUAGAACACAAUUCGUCGAAAUCGCUACUUCUUAAUGUAAGAAAGACGACUAUUUUGCCACAAACUCCAAAAGCUGUAAUGCAUUCAGGAAAUCAGAAUAAAUAUACCAGCAGGUACAAGUAUACGAAAUAUAAAAAAACUUCUGUUGCUUUUAAUGAAAGUAAGACCGUUAUAACUAGCAAACCUAGUGUUGGAAUGAUAAAAAAGAAUUACAAAGUCAAAGUGAUCUUAGCAAAGAAAAUGUUAAAAAAGAACAAUAUACCUUGUCCUUUGUUCAAAAAGUUCGGAAAGUGCAUAAGGGAUGCUCAUGGUAAUUGUGAAUUUUCACAUGACAAGAAGCAUGUAAGUUUAUGUAGAAAAUUUCUUAAAGGUAUCUGUUUCGAUUCUAAUUGUCUCUUGUCACAUGAUUUAACAAAUAAUAAAAUGCCAACUUGUUACUUUUACCUAAAAGGAAUGUGCACUAAAGAAGAUUGCCCUUACGUACACGUUAAAUUAAAUGACAACACAAAGAUAUGUCCUGACUUCCUUAAAGGUUAUUGUGAAAAGGGGAAGAAAUGUGUUAAUCGCCACGUGACUGUAACAAACUUUACAAAAAAGCAUUCUUAUUAUAAAUACAAGAAAAAUGAAAAACUAAAAGUCAGAAAGAAGUCCAUGUGUUAUGAAAAUAAACCUACAGUUAUGCGAACUGAAUCAACUACAAACAAUUCUGAAAAACAAGAAGGAAAUCUAAUUGAAGGUAGAUAUUAUGAAGAUCAAGCAAAAUGGGACGAUAAUAUUAAUGAUACAUCCGAAGUUAUAAAACCGACUAGGUGUAAACUAGGUAAUUUGCCAUCAUUUAUCCAAUUACCUAGGUAGGCAGUUACAAAACAAGAAUAUUAUGUGAAAUAGUUGAAACACUUAUUCGUUGAUUCGUGUAUCUAUCUACCUUAAUCGCGUUCUUUUAUGCGGACACAAAUACAUCUUUGUCUACCCAGGGCCACAUUGUGAAUUAAUUGACGCAUGUAAUAAAAAUGUAAAGAUUUAUUUAUUUUAUUAAAAAGUUUUCGUAAUGUA